AUGCUUUCUAUUUUUGUGUUAAAUUCUGAAAGUGUAGAAUCAUGUGGAGUGAUUGAAUUCUUGAAAUCUAUAAAAGACAAUUCAGGCACGGGAAAUGCCACUUUGAUUUUUGGAACACAGGUUGCUGGUUGUUUGGCUCAAAAUGAAGAAAUAUUUGUCCAAUUUGAGAAUUUGUUUCUGGAAUUCUAUGCCAGUAUAUUUGAGUCUCCAUUCUGGCAAGAAUCCUUAUCUCUGAAGACAGCAACAUUCCACAGCUUAAAACAGACAAUACAACACUCCCCUGGCUUCCUUGGUAUAAUUCAUCACUUCCCAGAUAUUUCGAAGGAAACUUUCAACGCAAUCCAGGGAGAAUCAAGCAUUUUUCUUACAAAAAAAGCCAGCAAUUUAAUGGCCUCGCUCAUUGUCCAGUGUACUUGUGUCCAAACCCAGCCAGACAACUGCCAAUUUGUUUUGGAUGUCCAGCAUAUGCUGCUGAAGAAAUGUUGGGAUUAUAUUUGCUCUCCAGCACCAAUAGGACUUUUUACAAAUCACAACCCAUUUCUAGAGCCUGUCUUCCUUCUGCUCUGUCAAGCCAAUGCUAACUGCAAAGUUGUUUUGUCUUGGUUGGCAAAACAGGAAAACGUCUUACAAAUACUCUUUGUGAUUAUAAUAAAUGCAACGUCAUCAGAACUAUGGUUUCAAGCAAUUGAUAUUUACCUUGAUCUUCUUUACCAGGAAUGUGUUGUGGUUGAUCAGGAAGACAAGAUGUUGGAUGUUUUGAACAAACUAAAAGAGAAAAAGGAGCAGAAAAAAUUACAAACCUUCAUUUUGAAAUUUCUGAAAAGAUAUUCAAAUGAAGAACUUGGAGAAAAUUUAAUUCAGCUUUUCUACCAGCCUCUGUCUGAUAUCAGCAAAUACAUUGCAGGCAAAUCUCAUGACCUACCGUGCAAUCCAAAGACCAAAGAAUGCCAGUUUUCUUCGAUAGAAUGCGAGAAGAUGGUUUCUCACACGAUUGACUGCUGGAUAGAAAUCAUUACAACAGACAUUAUGAAAAAAGACAGUAUUUCAGCCGCAUCCAGAUCGACAUCAAGUCUUUUAUUAGACAUUAUUAGCAUUCUAGCAGCAAAAGAUAAACUCCAAAUGUCAAGACAUUUCCUCCUCUUGAAUGCCUUGGCGACAAGCAACAGACUUUUGGUAAAGAUAUUGCAAUAUUUUUGCAAGUUAACAGAUUGCAGCCAAGAAGAAUGUCAACUAAAAUUGGAUUGUAUUGUGAAAUUAUUACACAGUUCUCUUCUUAUAAUAGAAGAUAUUGAUCAAACUUCAUCAGUGGUCAGCCAUGCCUUCCAGUGUAUAUUUGACUAUCUACCUGUUCUUUUGUCUCAUUUACCUGAAGAGAAUUUUGUGGUGACACCAAAUUGUAACAAAGAUGAUUCAAACUGUGAUAUGUAUCCUCAGAUAAAUUGGUCAGAUAACAGUGAAAUCAUGGCAGAUAAUGUUCCAAUUAUCACAGCCAGUGUUGUCACUUGCUGCCUUUGUCAUCCAAAAUGGGAGAUUCGGGACACAACUGUUGAGUUUCUUGAAAAGAUUUUUGCAUCAUGUGCCGUUUCACCUCGUCUCCUGUUGUGGGUCAAAAAACACAGAUUGCACAAUUUAGUGUAUUCAAGUUUCUCAGAUGGUGAAAGUUAUGUUCGAGCAACAACCAUAACAGCAAUGACCAGCUGCCUUCAGACUAAUGACCUAUGGUCAGAUUUUCUCUCAGCUUCUAAAAAAUCCCUUGAUGAUAUUCUUCAUGAUUUUAUUCAAGUUCUCCAGACAGAUACAGAAGCUUUCCCUCGUCGAGCUGCUGCCAAAUUUUUACUGGAGACCCACAAAAAGAAUUUGCUCACUUCAUCACAAAAGUCACUCAUUUACAAGACCAUCAUUGAUGUACUGAAUUCCGAUUUAGAUUGGGAAGUCAAAAUAGCAGCCUUAAGCUUCUGGGAGAAUGUCAUCUCAACCGAAUUUGAUUCACAGACACUGUGCCCUGCCUAUGCCAUUGAUUUGCCUGUCUUUUCCAGAAACAGAUGCCAGGCCUGGUUUUUUUUUCUUUUCUCUUCUAACAUGGAAAAAUGUUAUUGCUCUUUCUAUGCUUCUUUUGCAUAA